AUGAUUGAAUUAUUCGAGCGAUCCUUUUAUAACACUGCCCUAACUAGAAACAGAUCAGCUUUAUCCACUAUUCACUCUUGCUCAUAUAAAGUACACGCAAUUAUUAGCAUCGUCCAUAAGAAAUGUGGCCUUUCAACCUCCCCUCUCAAGAGGAACUUAACCUUCCGACUCCAACAAGAGGGGAUUGAAAUACCAAAGAACGUAGAUGGCUCUCGUCAGGGUGAAAAUAUUAUUGAUCUACUGAGAAACUACAUUUCACAAGAAUUGAGUAAAAUUUCGCAUUUACAUCCAAAUAACAUCUUUUCAGCAAUUGAGAGAAGCAAGAACGUGAAAAAUGGGGAUUUAUUAAUACCGAUUCCAAAAUUGUGUUCUAAAGGUGAUAAUGCUCGAGAAUUAGCUAUACAAUGGUCAAAGAACUUUCCCCGUAAUCAAAUUUUACAUGAAGUCAAGUCAAAUGGUCAUUUUUUACAGUUUUUUAUCUCUCCAAGUUUACUUAGUAAUGUCCUACUCCCUUAUAUUUUACAAAGCAGGGAUAAGUAUGGGUCACAAUUCUUAGAGGAUAGGAAAACUAUCCUAAUCGAGUUUUCCUCACCAAAUAUUGCCAAGCCAUUCCAUGCAGGACAUUUACGAUCCACCAUAAUUGGUGGCUUCCUCUCAAAUUUGUAUGAAAAGAGAGGUUGGAACGUUGUUAGAAUGAAUUAUCUUGGUGAUUGGGGUAUACAAUUUGGUUUGUUAGCUGUCGCUUAUAGGAAAUAUGGGAAUGAGCAACUUUUGAAAGAAAACCCAAUCAACCAUUUAUUUGAACUUUAUGUAUCCAUUAACAAGGACAGAGAUAAUGAAAAAAUGCAAGAUAAGCUUGUAUUAGGUAGGACUAUUGAUGAUGAGGCUCGUGAAUAUUUCAGGAAAAUGGAAUUUGGUGACCCAGAAGCCUUGUCACUUUGGGAGAAAUUCCGCAAACUUUCGAUUGAAAGUUACGUUAAUACAUACAGACGGCUAAACAUUAAGUAUGAUGUAUAUUCUGGAGAAUCGGAAGUGUCCAAGAAUUCUAUUGAAAUUGCGCUGAAGUCACUCCUCAACAAAGGUUGCAUUUAUGAGAAUAAAGGGGCAAAAAUUGUUGAUCUGAGCAAACAUAAUGAAAAGAUGGGUAGGGUGCUCAUACAGAAGUCUGAUGGAACUACAUUGUAUCUCACGAGAGAUAUAGGUGCCGCUAUUGACCGCUAUACUAACUACAAGUUUGACAGAAUGAUCUACGUUAUAGCAUCUCAGCAAGAUUUAUAUGCGAGGCAGCUGUUUGAGAUUUUAAAAUUGCUACAGUUCCCAUGGGCUGACAAUUUAAGCCAUGUCAACUUCGGAAUGGUUCAAGGAAUGUCUACAAGAAAAGGAAACGUUAUAUUUCUUAGUGAUAUCUUAGAAGAGGCCAAGAGCAGGGUACUGAAAAUUAUAAGGAAUGACGUGAAUAAGCUUUCAAAAAUAGAAGAACCAGAAAAUGUGGCAGAUUCUAUAGGCAUUUCUGCAGUGAUAAUUCAAGAUUUGCAGUCGAAACGAAUAAAUAACUAUAAGUUCCAGUGGGAAAGGAUACUUUCAUUUGAGGGAGAUACAGGCCCAUAUUUGCAAUAUGCUCAUAGUAGGUUGGCCUCAAUUGAGAAAAAUAUGGAUAUCAGUUCAUUUGGAAAGGUACAAGAAAUUGAUUUCGGCCUUCUACGUGAACCAGAAGCGUUAGAACUUAUGAAAAUAUUGGCACAUUAUCCAGAUAUCUUAAGCAAAUCCUUAAAAAAUCAUGAACCUUCUAUAGUGGUAACCUAUUUAUUCAAGUUAGCCCAUGCUAUUUCUAAGUGUUACGAUGUUUUGUGGGUUGCUGGUCAACCCAAUGACUUAGCGAGGUCUCGACUAUCCCUAUAUUUAGCAGCUAAGAUUGUUCUGAAUGAUGGUAUGAAACUACUGGGGAUAACUCCAGUUGAUAGAAUGUGA